CUCUAAAAAAAGAUCUGAAUGCAAGGCAAAGGAGAUGGAUGGAAACCUUGAAGGACUAAAGUGCAAAAUAUAGAAAUUGGAGUAAGUGGAAUGCCACCUCCUACUUGGGUGGAUUGGUGGCAGCCAUGUGGGGUGGCGUUCUCAUUCCUAAAUUGAUUCUGAGGUUUAUAACUUUCUAACAUGAGCCGUGACUGGAGGCCCAAUGUUUCAAAAUUUUGAUUGAAAUUCCAUGUUUACCCUUGCUCUCACAGCCUCUACACCCGGAACCGGCACCGGCAUGGCGACCGGCUCCGUGAUUUUGGUUCCACGUGCUUAUGCCUUUUCUCCAUUUGAAGCGAAGCCACACAGUACUGAAAUCUUGAACUCCCCUGCCUUUUCUCCAUUGAAAGCAAGGCCAGCCAAUACGGGUUUCAACUCCUACCCAGGGCACAAUGCUCAAGACCCAAAUUCCAAGACCACCCACUCUUCCAUGGUUUAUUGCAAUUCAGAUUCUGACCAAAACCCUCUCUUCAAUGACUGGCCUCAGCUGCUCCAGAUCUCAAUUGGGUCUGGAGAUCUCAUGUUGGGUCAGGCUAUUCAUGCGUUUUUAGCCAAACUGGGUUAUCAGAAUGAUGCAUUUCGAGGCAAUAAUCUCGUGAACUUGUAUGGGAAAUUUAAUAAAUUGGGUGAUGCACAAAGUGUGUUUGAUGAAAUGCUUGUAAGAAACACAAUCACAUGGACUACUUUAAUUAAGGGGCAUUUGCAGGUUAAUGAUGUUGAAUCUGUAUUUCGGAUUGCACGGGAGAUGUAUUGGGUUGGGGAGGAGUUCAAUGAGCAUACUUGUUCGGUGAUUUUGCAGGCGUGUGAUUCAUUGGAGAAUUUGGUUCGAGGGGAGCAAAUCCAUGGUUUUGUUAUAAAAAGGGGGUUUGAUGAGGAUGUUUUUGUUGGUACUUCUUUAAUAUCCAUGUAUUCGAGAUGUGGAGACUUGGGUGCUGCAGAAAAAGUGUAUAGUAAUCUAGCUUACAAAGAUGUUAGGUGUUUGAAUUUCAUGAUUUCAGAAUAUGGAAAGGCGGGAUGUGGAGAGAAAGCAAUUGGGGUUUUUCUUCAUUUGUUGGGUUCUGGUUUGGAACCAAAUGACUAUACAUUUACUAAUGUAAUUAGUGCUUGCAAUGGUGAUAUAGAUGUGGAGGUUCUUAGAGUAUUACAUGGAAUGUGUAUUAAGUGUGGCUGUGGGGAUGAGAUCUCGGUUGGAAAUGCAAUAGUUUCAGUCUAUGUAAAACAUGGAAUGCUUGAAGAAGCUGAGAAAUCGUUUUGUGGAAUGGGUGAGAGGAAUUUGGUUUCUUGGACUGCACUUUUAUCAGGAUAUGUGAAAAAUGGUAAUGGUAAGAAGGCUCUUGAGGGUUUCUCACAAAUUCUUGAGCUUGGUGUUGGUUUUGAUUCUUGUUGUUUUGCUACUCUGCUUGAUGGUUGCUCAGAGUGCAAGAAUUUGGGAUUGGGUCUUCAAAUCCAUGGUUUUGUUGUAAAGCUUGGUUACGUCCAUGAUGUAAGUGUUGGAACUGCUUUGAUAGAUUUAUAUGCCAAAUGUAGGAAACUUCGGUCUGCAAGACUGGUUUUUCAUAGUCUCUUGGAUAAAAAUAUUGUUUCUUUCAAUGCAAUUCUAUCUGGAUAUAUUGGAGCUGAUGAAGAAGAUGCUAUGGCUUUGUUUAGUCAACUGAGAUUAGCUGAUAUAAAACCAGAUUCGGUAACUUUUGCACGGCUUCUUAGUUUAUCAGCUGAUCAAGCUUGCUUGGUUAAAGGGAAAUGUCUUCAUGCCUACAUCAUUAAAACAGGAUUUGAAGCCAAUCCUAGUGUUGGUAAUGCUGUCAUCACUAUGUACGCAAAAUGUGGAAGCAUUGGAGAUGCUUGCCAACUUUUUUAUUCUAUGAAUUACCUUGAUUCUAUAUCCUGGAAUGCUGUAAUUUCUGCAUAUGCGCUUCAUGGGCAAGGUCGAAAAGCACUUAUUCUCUUUGAGGAAAUGAAAAAGGAAGAAUUUGUUCCUGAUGAGAUCACAAUAUUGUCGGUUCUUCAAGCUUGCAGUUAUUCUGGUUUAUUGGAAGAAGGGUUUUGUUUGUUCAAUGAUAUGGAGUCAAAAUAUGGGAUUAAGCCAGAAAUUGAGCACUUUGCGUGCAUGGUUGAUCUUUUGGGCCGGGCUGGGUAUUUGUCAGAAGCCAUGAGUUUCAUCAACAGAAGCCCAUUUUCUGGCUCACCUCUGCUUUGGAGAACUUUGGUCCAUGUGUGUAAGCUACAUGGGGAUUUGAAUUUUGGUCAGAUAGCUUCAAAACAUUUGCUUGAUUUGGCUCCCGAAGAGGCUGGCUCUUAUAUACUUGUUUCAAACUUGUAUGCUGGAGGAGGAAUGUUAAAUGAGGCAGCAAGGGUGAGAACAGUAAUGAAUGACCUAAAGGUGAGUAAAGAGGCAGGUAGUAGUUGGAUUGAGAUUGAUAAUAAGGUUCAUCAAUUUGUAGCAAGUGACAAGGACCAUCCUGAGAGUAAAGAAAUUUAUGCAAAAUUGGAUCUAUUAAAGUCUGAGAUGAAACAGAACAUGAUUUACAACAGAACUCCAGCUGAUAUGUCUCCUAUGUGAGUAGAUGAAAGCAAUAGAAAAUCAAUCUGCCUGCGGGUUUUACUUGUCCAGCAACUUUUUCCCAUUUAUGUAGCAAGCUUACACUUCACCAGCAACUGGGCAUCUAUGCUUCCUACACUUAUCCAGCUUCAGAAAUUAGUUAGUAUAUUACUUCACUGCAUAGUCGAAAGAAAUGAAAAUUGAAAUGAUGAAAUCAAGAAAAAAAGUCAGUAAGAGAUGCAGAUUGUAUAGCUGGGAUAAAGAAUGAAAAAAAGAAAAGCAGGUUGGCAUCAGUCAAGGAGCCAUGGCACCCUGCAAGGAGCCAUGGCACCCUGCUGGAACUGAGUGGAAAAGUUGCACAUUUCAGUUUUCCACUGUGCAAUUGUUCUAUGCAAAAGCUCGUCUCUUGGGUUCCCAUCCAACCCCAUAGGAGGUGGCUUGUCAUCAUCAUAUUUAAGGUUUAAUGGUGAGAUGACGACUUGAGAAUUUUUAUGAAACAAGAAGUGUCUCAGGCUUAAAGUGAGAUGAAGCACUGAGAAUUUGUUAGGUUAUGGGGGAGGUGUGAUGCAGGUGUUUCUUUCUAGACAAGACGCGUUUCCACUACUCUCUCCUUCUCUUCUUCUCGACAAAAGGGAUUUUCUGCAGCUUGCAAGCUCCUUCAGGUUCAAGCAGGGCCUUCUCCAACACCAUUUUGCCACUGACCUUUUCAAUGAUGGAAAAGAAGUGGCAAACUUACCCAAUUCGAGGUACUCACGUAUUCAGUAAAGUAUUUCAUGUCGGAUUCUUGUGGUUUUGUAAGUCAAAUUUAAUCGUACUUCAUAUUAAAACACUGCCUAGCAAUAUUCAUGAAAACAAUUCCCCUGCCUAGCGUGUCAUGCACGUUAACCUUUCAGAUGACGUGAUUUUCCGAAAAUGAAAUUUGGGGUGCAUGAUAUGCAUUGGCUGGGGGUAUGUGACUCAAUGGUGACCCAGUCACCAUGUGAUUUGCAUGUAGAUUUUGUGAAUAGGAUGCCUACUUCUACUACCCCUUUGUAUCAAAGGAUACCGAUUACUGGCCAUACAUAUCACACACUAGUAGCUAAUAAUACAAUUCCAUUGCAAAAUUACAAGCAACUGUACAAGACCAAACCCUUUUCAAAAUCAUCACACAGUCAUCGAAGUUGGUUCACUUUUGCCCUUGGUUUGCGAAUCCCGGCUCCGCCUGUGACCAAUCACAGUGUGUCUGUGACUGGUCUUGAGAAGCAAGGUCGAUGAUGAUGCAUCAAGAGGAAAACUGAACCAUUGAAGAAACAAAACACUCAACCUGCAGUUCCCAUUGCCCCAAUCCCAUAUACAUAUAUGUAGGGUACCCUUAUAGUUCAAAAUACGAAGGGACCCUUAUAUAUUAGGGGCAAUUAUUAUGUGUCCUUGUAUUGAAGUAUUUAUAAAUGUUGUAGAAAUCAAGUAUCAUAUAGCAUGGUAGGACUCAAAAGAUGGACCGCUUGACUGGAGCCCUUCCAACGGCUCUCAUCAAGUUGGCUAGUUCAAGAACCCUAGCCACUUUGGUUCCCCUCUUAGCCUCAGCUGAUGCCCUCCUUUCCUCUGCUUUUCUGUGUGCUUUUGCCACGUCAUUCUGCAUCUUCUCUAAGGCUCUUGCUCUUUUCUCCUCCAGCUUCCUCUACACAAAAUCAACUGCCUUAUGUUUACUCUUCAAAACUCUCCCUAGAAAAUCUAAAGGAAAGAAAAUAGAGGGGUAAAAAAUAAGGAGAAAAUGAUGUUUUCUAGUUUGAUUCUCUAUGGAAAAGUUGAGGGGAAAAAAGAAAAAACUUUCAUACCUUUAUUUAAGGAAAAUCAGAAGAAAAUCUUUUACCACCUUUUCUCCUCUUUUCCUCUAUAUUUAUUCUUUUACCUCUUUCCAUGACAUUCAAAAUAUGGAAAAUUCCUUUAGGUAACAUUUUUUUGCCCUCUCCUGGAUACUUUCCAAGUAACCAAACAUAGUGUAAAGGAAAAAAAAGGAAAGUGUUUGAUAAUAAACUCAGGGAGUGUAGUAAAAAAAACAAAAACCAUUGAAAAAGUUGAAUCAUGUCUACAAAUCUGCAGUGAAUUGAACUCUAUUAUCAAAACAAUUGACAUGCAUAAUUGCUAUGUUACCUCGACUUUCUUCAUCCAUGAUGUGGUUUUCUGAACCUCUUCACUCUCCCAGCCGUUGAUUAUGGCGUCCUCCCUCUUAAACCGAUUAUUAAUCUUGGCGAUCUUCGCAGUCUGCCAUGCUGAAAUCUUUGCAUCCACCUCCUCCUUCUUCACCCUCUGCACAGACACCUCACUGUGACUACUCGUAGUCGAAAGCCCACCUGCACCUGCAGCCACAUGUCUUGGAGACGGGACAGGGUCCAACAAACUAGUGUCCGGCACGAUAGCCAACGGGUUCGUCUCCUCCGGCAUCUCCUCCUCCCCAAUCCUACCCAAGUUGUUUCCGGCACCCCCACCAUCAUUUUCAUUACCAUUGUUCCCAAUAGCCGACCCUGCCAUAUUCAGUAGUGCAUUGAAUUCCCUGCUCAUGCUUGUAAAAUUCUCACUUGAAGCUCCUUCGCUUGUUGUAGAUAAGGAAGAGGACCGAUGGCUGCUAGUCUCCCAAGCCUCUCUUCUACGGCCACGGCUAACCUGUGGAGGAGGAGGAGGGGGAGGUGGGGUUAGAGCAUGGAUGUCUCUGAUCUCUUCAUCGUCAUGGUCCUCGUCUCCAUUGCUGGUAGAAGCUCUGUAAUCAAUACUCAACAUAGCAGAAAGACUGGGUAUGCGUUGCAAUAGUCGUGAUGGAGGGAAGGCGAAAGAGUAAAGUGUUUGAUCACUAGUCUAAUAUUUUUGCUCUGUUAGUAUGAGCCACAUACACACCAUGAAGAAGAGAGGAAGAAG